AUGAAAUUCAUAUCGACUAUUGUGUUGUCGCUGUUGUCGGUGACAGUCAGUGCGGUAGUCAUCGAUCGUCCGUCUGCCAGCGAAUCAGAGUCUGUAAAAGAAUGUUCAACACACAUGCAGCAACACACUGGUAUUUGCGCUUCAACUGGAACAGAGCAACAAUCUAUUGAAACCAAUUAUGAUGUAGCUCAGUCGACUGUAGAUCCCGAUGAUUCAGACAGCUCUGUUGAACAGUCCAAUGAAUCAUCGUCAUCCUCUGAGUCCAAACAGUCAGAUGAUGAUAUAUUUGACAACACACUAUACGACGACGUCUGCCAUCUUCCUAAAAACUAUAUCCCAGAGAACAAACGGCCCAUUCUCACACAUCAGCAAUGCAGCGUUGCUACAAAAGUAUACACUUGA